UCUUGUUGGUGAACAAUUGACUGGCCUGUGCUUGUGUUUAUGACAGCAAAUGGUCUCUAUUCUGCAAACAAGUGGCAUCGUAUCAACUCAAUAUCGAUUCCUAAACGCAUGCUGUGAGAAAGUUGGAAUCGCAAAAUGGGCACUUUUCGUGGCGUCUUAUGAAAUUGGAAAGGGCUUGAUCACUUCAAUUGCUCUUUCUUCAUGCAUGUUGAUGCUGUUGCAUAGUUUUCCUCAUUAUAAAGAAGUUGACAUCCAUACAAUUCUCGUCCCUAAUAUUGAUACUGACGGCCGUAGUAACCAUGCUUGUUGUUGACUCCACUUCAGCAAGAGGAUAUUCAGAAGAUCAAUAAUAUCUAAAAGCCAAGAGUGUAGCAGAAGCUGGUUAGUUGGGAACCGGGUGGUAUGACAAUGCUGCUGUUUUGGCUGAUGAAAAGCUUUCUCCUUCUUCUUGGAGUUUGGGAAGUGUUCUGUGGAUGUGACAAAAACCUCACCCUGUUCUACUAUGAGGGAUUAGACAACUAUAUAUUCCAUGGAAAUGAGCUGUCCAACGUUUCUUUGGAUCGCCUUGACUGUAUAAAUGCAUGCGGAUUGGACCCUGACUGCCGACAGGCUUCUGUCCGACCUUCAACAAACCAGUGCAGGCUUUACUCCAUCCCUUCAUGGUCAGUGGUCAGUGCCGUAGAAGAGGCAGGAUGGAUGACCUAUAUUGUUGACUGUUCUCUGAACGUAUCCAUGGUGAUGGCGCCCUUGUGCCGGGAUGGAACAUCGUUUAUGUACCCUGGCGUCCAACAGGAGUGUUUGGACAAUGGACGAUGGAAACAUCUGGGAGUUCGAAAUUGUGUCCAUUCAUUCGAACAUAACGCAGUAGCGAAAACGCACACUGUCUUCUUCAGUUCCGAGCUGCACACAGGAAUGACGCUGACGGUUCUCGGACAACUUGACGGUAUUGCCAGCGCCGUUUUCUACUUGUGCUAUGACGGGGCUGUCAAGUCUUUGGUAAUUGGGCCAAGAUUUUCUUGCCAGUGCACAGUUUUCAACACUUACGGCACAUAUUGGGAAAGUGAAGAAUAUAUAAAUGAUGUAUUUCCGUUUGUGGCCAAUCAACAGUUUAAUCUUACAAUCCAAAUAACAGCGAACACGUUUGAGAUCUAUGUGGACGGGGCUCACUUCAAGUCCUUCACUCAAAGACGUUCUCUGCAACCAACAACAAAAUGGCUGAUGGAAAAAGUUCACGCAGUUGAUGAAAUCAUCAUUAGCAUAUAGACAAGUAUAGGAGGUCGCUAUCACUGAUACUGUACUAGUCACGCCUUAUACUGACUGGAACUCGUGUGUGUAUACUAUGAUGUUUAUUCUCCGUUGUAUGUGCACACUAUUGUUACAUUGCCAUCUAUGAAAUGAGUACAUUAAAGCUGACGUUGAGAUCAAAGACUUCAGUACAUUAUAUCUGGCCUUGAUAUCAAUGUCAAAAGUAUGUUAUAUCUGACGUUGAUAUCAAAGCAUAUGUAGAUUAUAUCUGACGUUGAUAUCAACGUCCUGUGUAUAUUAUAUCUGACGUUUAUAUCAAAGUCAUGAGUAUAUCAUAUCUGACGUGAUGUCAAUAUCAUGAGUAAAUUAUAUCUGACGUUGAUAUCAAAGUCAUGAGUAUAUCAUAUCUGACGUUGAUAUCAAAGUCAUGAUAUCUGACGUUGAUA